AGCUAAAAAAAAAAAAACAAAAUCCACCCAUAAUCUGAAAUAUAUUAUCUAUUCCCGGCACUAAUCAAAGGUUUUCUAUCUCUUUCGUUGCGCUAAUAAUUGGUGAAGAAGAAGAACCCAUAGGGGCCAGGACAGGCCACCCCAUCAGAAUCGCUACGCCAGAAGGUGGUGGGGUGGUUGCUUCAACCAUUUCUGACCCCAAAGGGACCUUCUCUUGCCUCACGGAGGUGGGUUCUGUGGUAUUUCUUUCUUGGAAUCGAUCUUCCGUCAGCUUGGAUGAUUUGGGUUCUCCCGGGAAAUCUUCGUCUCGACUCUUUAGAUCUGCCAUAGCUUUAUUAGUCUUCCAUAUAUUGGAGUGCAGGCAUGGGUGGUUGUCUAGCAUGCCAUACGAAGCCCAAACCAGUUACAGUGGAUGAACAGCCACCAAAAAGAUUAUCACAUCAAGGUCGACGGUCAGCCAGGAAACCAAGCCAAUCAGAGGAUUUUUGGACCACUAGCACAUUUGAUAUGGACAAUAGUGCAAUACAGUCCCAGGGAAGCAUCUCAUCAAUCAGCACAAUUAACCAAACGCUUGAUCCCAACGGUGUUGCUCUUAAUGCUAACCCCAAUGAAUUUGUAAAUCAUGGUCUUCUUCUUUGGAACCAAACAAGGCAGCGUUGGAUAGGGAAUAAAAAGUCUGAUAACCGGCCACUGCAGCGAGAUCCCAAAUUAAGUUGGAAUGCAACAUAUGAAAGUUUACUCGGGAGCAACAAGCCUUUUCCGCAGCCAAUCCCUCUUGCUGAAAUGGUAGAUUUUCUUGUGGACAUUUGGGAGCAAGAGGGAAUGUACGAUUGAGCAGAGCAUAUGUAGCUGCGUUGUUAGCCAUUUCAAAACUCAUCUAAGCUUUGGUACCAUUUUUUUUGCCUGCCUCCAUAGCAAAAUAGGUGAAGAAGAAGCGAAAAUAGCGGCUUGUACAUCAACAGCCUUAAAUGAUAAAAACAUUUGUCCUCAAAUUAUUCUCCUCCAUUUCAAUGUGCCCUUGGUAUUGAAUGUGAACUAAUUCUCAAUCUUUCCUUAGAUUUUGCGAAAGUUCAUAGGUUUUGGUUUGGUUCUAUCUAUUUGUUUCUGGGGUCCUCAAGAUAUGGAAGACACGAACAUUUUGUAUAAUGGCAUCCCAUGCUUAUUUCUAUUAUUAUCCAAUGACCUUAUUUCUAUCA